AUGUCAGACGACGUGGAGCAAACUUUCGCCGAGGUCGCUAAAGCGACCAAAAGCUUGAAGGCGUUCCCCUACGUCGCCAUGCCCGCCCACCGACUACACAACAAGGCCCGUCUAAUGUUGCAGGAGCAUUUCAGUGCCGAUCGACUCCAAGUGUACGUUGAUCGGGCGGGGACAGAUCCCGCCCCCAAUCCCAAUGACUCGUAUGACGAGAUCUUCUUCAUCUAUGACCUGUUCAUCAGGUUGUCUAUACCUGCCGUUUCAGAUGGGAUUGCGAACUUGGAUAGCAAGGAUGACCCUCAAAGCCUGGGUCGAUAUCUUGAUAAGAGCAUUUCGCACCUUCGUUACCCGGAAUGCACCACAAAUCGUCUGGGCUCCUGCCUUCUGAAGCACAUCAAUCGGGACCUCAAUGAUCGCCAAUCCCAAAUUUAUUCGAACGGAGAUUCGAACCCAUGUGCUGAGGCACUUCAUCUGUUCAGUAUCACCUGGCUGCUCAUCGCGGACUACAUGCAAGACGAGGAUGCCUUCGCCCGUCCCAAGAUUGCUCGCAGCAGUUUCUCGACAAACUCCUCGCUACUGCCUAUCGGAUGA